AUGAUGGGCUAUCUUCCUGGAUCACCUAUCAGGCCGGUCACCGCCUUUUCAAUCCCGCUACUGAUCCUGCACAAUUGCCACAUCGGAGCAAUGCCAUUUACCACCGCCUUGAACCAAUAUCUGGAACCUCGAUCGAAUUGGGAGCUGGUGGAUCGGACCGAAGCCGUGGUUGGUGACGUAUUGCGGUUAGAAGAGCAGGCGGUGUUGGCUGCCCGGAGCUGUCCUGCGUGCUUCGGUCCAAGUCCACCCAACCUGAACGAAUACCCUUGGAUGAGUCAAGAUAAGCUGAUGAUUUGCCUUGAUGGCAACUUCCAGCAUCGCCACCAUUCUAAGGCGAGCCGCGAUUACGAUCGAAUCCAAACUCCAAACAUAUUUGUCAGCCAGCAGGAGGUUGAUGCGAUGAAAGCCAAGAUCAUCGAUAUAGAGUUACGCCAGAAGCCAAAAGACAAGGUCAGAACCUCUAUUUGCUACGUACAAUACUGGUGGAUCACUUUUUUUUCCCUAUCGUUCUCCCCACCCAAGAGAGACCAAUGUACAGAAGCUCACAAGGCAGCUGACGGCAAGCGUAAUGAGUCAUCGUGGAAAGGUUGCGACGACACCGGCCUUAUGGGAUGUUGCUGUCGCCACGAUGCUGCAAUAUACAUGGCAAACAUCAAUAAAUCGGGUGAACAGCGUUGUUUUCCGAUGGCUCUCCUAAACAAGAUUCUCAAUAAUGAGGCCCCGCAUCGACAUGUUGGCAUCCUAUACAACAUAGGUUGCUCUCUUGACAAGUACACGGCUUUGCGCGGCUUAGUCAGUGACCAACGAGAUUGUCUUCAAUUUGCGACCUCCUUUUCCAUGCCUAUGUUCACUCGUGGACAUGGGCUCGAACGCAUGUGGUCUUAUCUGUCACCUUUAGUCAGCCCGUUAAGAUAUGCCACACGAAAUCAUCGGCUCGCCACAAUCUCUCACCGAUUAAAAUACCACAAUACAAGGGGUAUCAAGAAUCUUUCCACAUGGCUCAAAAGGAAGUUUGUUGCAGCAGCUCGACGGAGGGUUGAGACCAAGGCUGCCCUUCGUGAGGUUUUAGAUAAACCCAAUCCUUUCUCCACAACCGGUCGAAAUUUUACAAAGCGUUUUUUCAAGGCCCAAUGGGAAGAACAACGAAAAUUCAAGGAAACACAUACUGAGGAGCAAGAAGAAAAUCGGGAUAAGUUGGUUGAAGUGUAUAAGCAAGAGGCCGCACUUGAGGCCUUGAGGACUCGGCUGCGCAACACUCCUUCUACAUACCUAGCCAGCAAGCAGGAGGCUCACGAGCUUCUGGAUGAAUUAGAGUCAACUGCUGAGGAACUAAGAAAGGCUGCCAAAAGCUUAGGCCGAGAUCAUCAACCCGAGCCUGACGAAGCCAAAGAGGAACAAAAACUUUUGCUGCUUCUUUGGGAAGCUAAAUCGGAACUGUUUGUCCAAGCAGUAGAGCUUUGGGCGGAAAAACAGCCCCUCACCGACUCAAGAACGAUCGGACGUCGAUUAGGAACCAAGUUAAGCGAGAAGAUUCAGAAGGCUAUACAGAAGCGCCGGGGCCCAAUAAACAAACUCAUUGCAACCUUUAACACCCAAUUUGCGCAAUACGUGGCCAAAUUCCCUAGACAACAAGUGGCCGACACCGAUGAGCACCCUCUCACUUACGAAACCUUUGAGAGCAUGGCUAUUGAUCACAAGUUCUGGAAUGAUGGGAUAUACUAUCACUCCAAAGCACCAUGGGAAAUCGAUCCGGAUGUCCGAUCUGGUAUUGCCUGCAUCCUUGUGCUGCAGAGGGUAGAAGAAGAGCUGGACUUACUUACUCAGGAGACUGCACGGACAAUGACAUGGGCAAUAAGUACCUAUGAACUUAUAUCCGGCUAUAUCAGAUACAUCCGAGCGCGAGUAAUGGCAUUAGACAUGAAUAUGGAACCACCGGAAGAUCACAUUGAUCGCAUGGAGUUGGGAAACUACGAUCGUCGAGAAAAACUACGGAUCAUCAAUAAGGAACUACAGACUCGUUUGUUUGAUCAUGGCGUCUUGAUACAAGAAUGGACUGGUACAAUUACGUGGAUGUGUGCUCGUUGUAGGCCUGAACUACUUCGUGACAUUUACUUGGAUUGGAACAAUUUAGUCCAACGCGUGGCAACCAAUCAGACUAGUUGGCAACCAAAGAAGAACAAGGAGGAGCCGGUGGUUGAUAAUGUAGAAGAGGAGGCAGUCGUGGGUAUCCAGGUGGAUGAUGGCAAAGAAGUUACGAGCGGUGAGGCUGCCAACUCUGCAGGAGCACCAGCCCAAAGUGAUUGGGAGGACGUUGAUGAUGCUCAAGAUGCCUGUGAUUGA